CGAGGCGGAAGCUGGAGUGGGCGUCCCACGUGGGGGUCUGCGGCGAUGGAGGUGGACGAGCCCAGCUCCCGGGCUCCUGGCUGUAGCCUGCGACACUUCGCUUGUGAACAGAACCUGCUAUCCCGGCCCGAUGGCUCCUCUUCCUUUCUUCAAGGUGACACGUCCGUGCUGGCUGGAGUGUACGGACCGGCAGAGGUGAAGGUCAGCAAGGAGAUCUUCAACAAGGCCACACUCGAAGUGAUCCUGAGACCCAAGAGUGGGCUCCCCGGCGUGCCAGAGAAGAGCCGCGAGCGGCUGAUCAGGAGCACGUGUGAGGCGGUGGUGCUGGGCGCCCUGCACCCCCGCACCUCCAUCACCGUGGUGCUCCAGGUGGUCAGCGACGCCGGCUCCCUCCUGGCUUGUUGCCUGAAUGCCGCCUGUAUGGCACUGGUGGAUGCAGGUGUGCCCAUGCGAGCCCUCUUUUGUGGGGUCACCUGUGCCCUGGACUCUGACGGGACCCUCAUGCUGGACCCCACGGCCAAGCAAGAGAAGGAGGCCCGAGCCGUCCUCACGUUUGCUCUGGACAGUGUGGAGCAGAAGCUGUUGAUGUCCACCACGAAGGGGCUCUAUUCCGAUGCCGAGCUCCAGCAGUGCCUGGCCGCAGCCCAGGCGGCCGCGCAGCACGUCUUCCGCUUCUUCCGGGAAUCGCUGCAAAGGCGUUACUCCAAGAGCUGAGGCAGGUCGGGGCACGGCGCCCGCCCGCAGCAGCCAGCUCCCGGCCUUGGCUCUGUCCACGUGCCUGUGUGGCAAUAGAGGUUUCUGUGCCAGGCUCGGUUAGGGGACUCGGGACAGGCCUGGCUCCUGAGAGCCGCGGGGCUGAGUGGGAAGCGUUAGAGGGGCGCAGCGGGGCUGAGUGGGCCCGGUGGUUAGUGGCUUUCACCCUCACAGCCUGUCUGGCCUGCGUUCGGUUCCCAGGUAUCUGUGUAAAGCCAGAUAGAAAAAAGUAGCCCAUGCGUCUGAUGUGUGUUUGCAGUGGCAAGAGGCCCUGGCGUGUCUGUACGUGCACACACACACACACAAGCGUGUGCGGAAAUAAAGGAUGCUCAGCCCUA